CUGUCAUUAGAACAGGACAACUCAUGUGAAUGGAGACUUCGCAUUAAAAUCUACCAAAGCCCAUGUCUUAGGUUGCUGCUUAUUUCAUGAACAGCUGCCACUUCUAGUUGGGGGGGCGGAAAGUGUGUUUCAGUUUAUUCCCAGGAUGCAUAGAGAGAAUAAAAUUCAUAUAACGAUAUUAAGCAUAACGUAACCUUCUUUCGUUAAGGUGGCUAUUGUUGGGCUGACUUUUCCUCCUCAGACCCUGACAACAGUGGCAGUGCAGCUCAUAAUUUGGAGCCACUCCCAUUCAUCCAACAGGAAAACUAGGAAACGUUUUGACUGUGAAAAGCCACCGUUGGUGUAACCAAGGGCGAUCAAAUCCGUGGUCCACAUAGAUAUCACAGGAGGUGGACUUAUUUCUCAAACUUUUCGUUUCUAUUAAGCUUUUGUUAACUCACCCAGAUUAGCAUUUUAACAACCCUGAAGUGAACUUCUGCCAUUCUCUCUACUUGGACACAGUAUGUAGAUCAUCCAUCAUCCUGUCCUUGGCUACAACAGGCUGCUGGCUCCAUCACCAUUUGGAGCUACACAGAAUCCAUCCGACUGUGAACAGCACAGCUGGCUACAGCAAUUUUUUCUUCCACACCACUGGCAGCAUUGUCUGGCUGUGGUAACUAAAGUUAACACCCAGAACGGGAAGUUUCCCUUGUUUGGCAACCUGUGCUGGGCCCCUCAUCCAGUUCCAGGGGCACACCUGCAGAAAGGCCCUGCCGACUUGCAGUGGCGUGCCCCACUUAAGAGAGGAGUUGCCCCAGCCUUAGACAACCCACGGGAAAGCCUCUGUAGGCUUGAUGCAAUUAAACCACCAGAGCUGCAGAAUUAGAAGAAGUCAUUCAGACACCACUCAUCCUAGACCUUCAGAAGGCAGUCUUUCUGAAAAGGGGAAGAGAAGAAUGAAGUAGCCUGUAGCCUGUGAUUCCAAAUGACUGAAAACAGAAAAAGACCUUGUCUAAGUUCCUUAGAGAACUGGACAUGUCAUUGCUUCCUCCCUUUUCACAAAGAAUAUGUGAUGUGCCUAAAUCUAGGACUCCUGUCUGAUAGUACCCAGUGCUUUCUAUCAGUAUGUUUUUUUUGGUGGGGGAGGGGGGUCUUCUUUUUGCUAAGAAGGUAUCUGUUACAGUAGUCAUUGCUUGAUAAAACAAGAAUGACAUGAGUUAGGUGGAUACAUUUGUUAAGUUAUGUUGCGAAGCUUUAAAAAGGAAACUUUUAUGAUUAGAAGUACUGUUUCUGGAGUUUGAUGUGGGCCGGGGGGUCUGCCUUGUAUUUUGGUGGGAGGUAGUCUCCUUGCUUCUUCCCCUCUUAUUGACUAAUGAAAUCAGCCACAAACCAGCUGGGAUGAUAGGACAAAGAUGAUGAUGAUGGAGAAAGGGCAAUAGGGGGAAAACAGCAGCAACCACACAAUACCCAGCACUUAUUGUUGGUCUUGAUGAUAAUUACAUCAUGUAACCUUCAAUUAACUGCACAGGGUGAGCUCUGUUAUUAUCACUGCUCUAUCUAAAAAGAAAACUCAGGGACCUGAGGAAGUCAGGUCACUUUCCUGAGGUCUUACCAGCAGGGAGGUGAUAGAGUCGGGAUUUGAACUCACAUCGGCCUAACGUGUCAGCCCACACCCUUUCAUUACUACACUGAAUUGUUUCUGGGAACAUGAACGACCCUACAAUUUUGUGACUCCCUGGUAUCUUUGACAUUUGGUCUUCAAUAAAAGAGUCCUAUUCUGAGGGAAAAUUUUAUACAGAAUGAAAUGAUAGGGACAGUGUGGGUAUCCUCUUAAAUUUUAACCUUUCUCCAAACUAAAUCAUAUCGUGACACACUUCUUUCACUUUUAUUCCUGGUGGCCAAAUAAUUAUGACACACUCUUCUUUUCAAGUGUCCUAGAACAGCUUCUUCCCCCACCAUUUUUCUCCAUGGUAGGCUUUCCUGUCCAAGAUUACAGUGGCAUAGGACAAAUGGCAAUAUUCAUCACUCUCCACCAAAAAGCGCGUCUGCAUCAGGGUGCGAUUGACAUUCAUUUCCCUGAUCUUGGCAGGUGAAGAUCCAUUAUGUAUCCUUGUCCCAUUCCCCAGGAGUAUUUAUGGGCCCCAUCAGCGAAGACAGUGAGAGCUGCAGCUGUUCAAGCAUUAGUGGCACCGGGAUAGAAAGUGUGUUAUUGAAGUUUGACUAUGUAUUAUAUUGUAAUACACAUUUUUCUUACUUACGGUUGCAGGAGAAUCCUUUUGCCUAUACGAGUAAUCAGACACAUUGUUGAGAAAUUGUCACUUGCACAUCAGCAUUUCUUUCGUUCUCUUUUAUUCAGGAUUCCUACAGGAGGGAAAAAAAAAAAAAAACAAAUACACAUUCCACUACAUAGAAUGCUGAAAUUUAAGGUGUUCAACAUAUAUUUAUGGGAAAGAAAUGUGGGUUUGAAGAAGGCCAGUAUGUUGGGACAUGUAUAAUAAGGCCUCGGGAAGAUCUGCGAUUACUUAGCCUAUUAUUGGAGUAACUAUUUAAAAAUAAAGUCAGGAUUUUCUAGUCAGACGAGGAACUGGCACAUAUGAACCAGAGCAGAUGAAGCUCUUUGGGAAAAUAACACUUCCAUUCCCAGGAGCCGGCUGUCAGCAGACCAGAGACUCAGACUCUCCCAACGUCUAUGUUGGCCUAGGCAUUGCUUGUCAUUAUAGGGGUCUCUGGAAACUUUUUUGGUCUGCGGAGUUGUCUUCGUCUAUCAGUAAGUCCCCAGACCUCCUCGCCUGGGUAAUUGGUGGGUCAAAUACGUAUAUUUUUAAAAGGACAGAAGAAGGAAGAAGAGGAGGAGGAGAGGCAGAAGGAGGAAUAAAGAAUGUUGCAGUUGUUUCUGUUUUGUCAUUGCUGGGGUAACGAUUUGUUCAUUCAGCCAACUUUUACCAAUGUCUGCUCUGCACAAGUAGGUGCCAGUUGCCGGGGGGGGGGGUGGUUCAAAGAGGAACUGACACGUAGUUCCAGAGCUCAAGGGUCUUGCUGAGUGGUGUAGAAAAGACAAGGUAAACACAUAGCCCAAAUAAAAUGGCGCGCCUUUUAAGCACCAGAAAACAUACACACAGACCUAUGGAAAUUGAGAGGAGUGAGAAGUUAUUUCUGGCUAGGGUAGUCAGGGAAGGCUUUGUGGAGCCACUGAUAUUUGAGCUGGUCCUUGAACUAGGUAGGAUUUGGACAGGUGGACUGUGAGGGGCAGUGGGGGAGGUGGUGAGAGAGAGGGCAUUCCAAGCAUAGAGAACAGCUUAGGCAAAGGCCCUGGGGUGGGGGUGGGGCCUUGAUGAGUUGUCCACAUUGGAGUCCUAACCUAGGACAGACUUGCAUUUCAGGUGUGAAGAGGCAGUUUGCCGUGCAGUCCACAAAUAUUUAUUGAGUAUCUUUGGUCUACUCUACUUAGCCAUUCAGCAGAUGGCCCCCUGCUUAAGCCAUCAGAAUGAAUGGGAUCAAUCUUGUGGUGAUUCAGUAGAUUGCUCCGUGAUCAGAGCUAAAAACCCCAUAUCAACUGCCAACUGGUUCAGCGUUGCACAGGAACAUUGCAAGGGAUAACAUGAUUUGCCUCAAAUUACCCAGCAAGGCAGUUCCCCCACGGGGUUGUUUAGCAGAACCAAACUAGAAGGGUCCUGCUUCACUGGUUUCAUCUUUUUUAACUUGAAGAAGCUCUAGACAUAGACUCUAUGGUAAGGAAUAAAUUUCAUACAUAUAUGGGGGGCUUGGGAGAGGGGGAAAGGGGAUGUGGAGAGAGGAGUCAGAAGAGAACAGAAACCUGUGAAAAAUGUGAGAGUGGUAGGAGCUGGACGCUCGGUGCUCAGUCCACACUGCAGGUCCCAGGAGGCUGGAUUGCCUAUUCCUCUCGGAAAGGCAGCAGAGUGAGCUAUGCCCAGCAAACAUCUUAGUAAAAAUGUGUUGGUUCAGUUUAACAUUUUAUUAUAUUGCAGAUAGAGCCUAUCAUGCCUGGUAAACUCUGCAAAAAACUGGGUUGGAGCUGACAGUUUUUUCCUAGUAAAGUGAAAAAGUAGCACUAAACAACCUGGAAAGUUACUAAUGCUUCCUUUUGGAAAAUCCCAUCCUCAAGAGACCCUGGGGAUUAGGCUGCACUUUCCGGGUCUGAGCUUUCAGGAUAAACUCACCUCCCAGCAGUGGCUCCCACAACCCCACCUUCCCAACUCCCUCCCCACCUCCCUCCUCCCUCCCAGGCCCAACCCUACUCCAAGCUAGGCUGUUGGGUAUGAGGGUUGCCAAGCCAUCCUUCACCCCUUGAUUUAGCACAAAUUGUAAUCAAACCACUUCUCAUCAUGGUUACGUUUAAUAGUGGAGGUGAUAAGCCUCACGGAAAGGAAGUUGGGACGUUCAGUGCAGUAGAGGCAUGCUUAUUAGAACACAUAGUAAAAGAAAAAUAAAAUGAAAACAAUUCCAUUAGGGAAUGAUUAAGCCAAUGACUUUGCCAAGAGUUGCUCCAGUGGUUCAUUUUCCUUGGUAUAUUUAAGUCUUUUACAAGUUAAUAGUUGCAUGACAGUCUGAGAGAAAGACUUAAGUCGGAAGAAUCACUGCCAAUGAAUGAUCAAUCAGAAAUUGUAAAAUAGGUCAAUGGGGAUAAAGGAUUAAGCAUAUACAAAUUCACUAUCGGGAACUUUUCAGGAAUAUUCCAGUGACAUAAAGCAGAGAACCUGUUCUGUCUAAUAAUUAGUCUGGCUCCCACCCAGUUAUUUUUUUGAGGGACUGGCUGCCUCCUCCUGCAUAAAGCACAGUUGCCUUCCAGACAGGACCUAAAAUAAACUGGCCUGGCUCAACUCGGCUAAUAAUAACAGCUAGCACUUACUGUGUGCCGUGGCACUGUGCCUAAUACUUCAAGUAUGUUAUCUAAUUUAAUCCUCAGGCUGCCCCUGAGAGUGUAGGACUGAUGGGUAACGGAGAGCUAGCAUUUACUGAGCGCUUACUGUGUGCCUGAUACUCUUUUCAGUGCAGCUAUUAAAUGGUUUGAUUAGCAUUCUUGGAGGUAGGUACUAUUAUUAAUAACGUCCUCCUUUUAUACAGGGGGGCACUGAGGGAUGGGAGCUGAAGCAGUUUUCCCAGGGUCAAACCAGGGGACUUGGAUCCACGAGAAAUAGCGUGGCAGGGUACUGAACAGCAUGAACUCUGGAGACGGCUUGUCGGGGUGUGAGUCUGGGCUUUGUGACUGAUAAGCUGUGAUCUUGAGCCCAUUACUUCAUCUCUCUGAGCCACAGUGUCACCACAGAAAAGGUGGACGACAAUGCCAGUACCCACCUAGAAGGGUUAUAGUGAGACAUAAAUGAAUUAAUAUUUGAACAGCUCUUAGAAUAGUGCUUGGUAGGUAGUGAGUGCUGUCUAUGCCUCGGUGUCUAUUAAACAAAAAUAAAUGCAGUCUGGCUCCAGAGCCCUCGCUUUUAGCCCUCAUACUGUGCUGUCUUUUCCCAUGGGAUUUUAUCAUGUCUCUUUAACUGGUCUGCAGCCCUUGAAGCCAGUUUCCCCACCAGGCUCCCUCUAUCCUCAUUAAGGACUCUUGCCACACAUUCAGCCAGACUGGAAAGGGGAGUUUGGCAGGAGAGGUCCAGUGGCCUGGAGAUUUACCCCAGACCUUGAUGCUUAGUUGCAUAACCCUGACCCUGAUGUCAGCAGUUUUGGUUCGUGACCUCAGAAAUCUGGCUUCUCCUGUUGAAUGUGUUAAAGGCCUAUGGAGAUGAUUGGCAUAUGUUCUGUGCUGGUUGCCCCCAGGCUGACGAAAAGCUGAAUGAUACCUGGGAAAUCCAGGCACAUUCCCAGACCAUUCCUGUCAUUACCCACAGCUUUGAUCUCUACCGGUGGUCCUCCAGUGAUAAAACUCAUCAGUAUCACGUAGGGUUAAAAUGCAGAUUCCCAGGGCCCUGGCACUAAUAGCUCCAUUCUGCUGGGUCCAGAGUAUGAAUUUUCAGCAAACAGCUCAAGUGACUCACACCUUGAAGUCCCUUGACCACGCUUUGAUAAAUGAUGCUCUCGUAUGGCCAGAGUGCACAUCCCCACCGAAACAAGGUGUAGACUUCGAGGCUAGCAUUGGCAGGCCGCUAGGUAUCAGAUCCGUAACCUCUUGCCUACAGCACAGGGAGAAUGGUGAUAAGCCAGAGGUAUCCCAGCCAGUUCAUGAAAGAGUGAAGAAAGUAAUAAAAUUAUUCAAAGCUAAAGAGGCUUUUUUUGCCCCUCGUUCAAAAAUAAAAUAAAAUAAAAUCUUCACAGUGAGCAGAAAUUAAGAAAGAAAAAGGGCACUCGCUUAUUUCUGCUGACUGGCCUAUAUCAUUUCAUAAAUGGAGUCCUAGACCAGUAUUCAUAGCAACAGUUUUUGAUUUAACGAUAAACUGAGAUAAAGGUAAUCAGACUUCAUGCUUCAGGGCAUAAGGUGAUUGCCUGCUGCGGUCAGGAUGGAAUUUUUUCCCUUGUGCUUUGCACAAUUGACUAGAUGCAUUAGAGAGAGUACUCAGGCUGCGCUUGGAGGAGCGGGGGGCUGGAGGCCCUGGCAGAAGACGUCGCUGGGUGAGAUCAUAUGGGAAAUGGUCUGGUGUGCGAUGAAUAACCCCAUCAUCAUUUGGCUUUAUCAUUUUUGUUUCAUAUUAAGAUUCUGCAUACCAGGCCUGUAUAUUUCUGUAAGCCACAUGAUGAGAUUGGGAGUAUACAGUGGAAUCAGAUGACCUGGACUCCAACUUUGGCCAACAGAGUACUCUCUGAGUGACUGUGGAAAGCCCUGUCCCCUCAGACCCUCAGUCUCUUCAUCUGUGGAGUCACAAUUCUACCAAGCAUCACAUGAGACAGCAGAGCUGAACAUGCUUCAUAAAAGCCAGAUGAGUGCUGCUCAGAUGUAAGGUAGCUAAGUGGGAUUUCUGAGGAGGGGCUGCUCUGACUUCAUCUUGGCCCACCAUGAGGUUCUUCCUGCUUUGUGCCUACAUGCUGCUUCUGAUGAUUUCCCAGCUGAGGGCAGUCAGCUUUCCUGAAGAUGAUGAACCCCUCAAUACUGUUGAUUAUCACUAUUCAAGGCAAUAUCCGGUUUUUAGAGGACGCCCUUCAGGCAAUGAAUCCCAGCACAGGCUGGACUUUCAGCUGAUGUUGAAAAUUCGAGACACACUUUAUAUUGCUGGCAGGGAUCAAGUUUAUACAGUAAACUUAAAUGAAAUCCCCAAAACAGAAGUAAUACCGAGCAAGAAACUGACAUGGCGGUCAAGACAACAGGACCGAGAAAACUGUGCUAUGAAAGGCAAACAUAAAGAUGAAUGCCACAACUUUAUUAAAGUGUUUGUUCCAAGAAACGAUGAGAUGGUUUUUGUAUGUGGUACCAAUGCAUUUAAUCCCAUGUGUAGAUACUAUAAGUUGAAUACCUUAGAGUAUGACGGGGAGGAAAUUAGUGGCCUGGCAAGAUGCCCAUUUGAUGCCAGACAAACCAAUGUUGCCCUUUUUGCUGAUGGGAAGCUAUAUUCUGCCACAGUUGCUGACUUCUUGGCCAGCGAUGCUGUUAUUUAUCGAAGCAUGGGUGAUGGAUCUGCCCUUCGUACAAUAAAAUAUGAUUCCAAAUGGAUAAAAGAGCCACAUUUUCUUCAUGCCAUAGAAUAUGGAAACUAUGUCUAUUUCUUCUUUCAAGAAAUUGCUGUAGAGCAUAAUAAUUUAGGCAAGGCUGUGUAUUCCCGUGUGGCCCGCAUAUGUAAAAAUGACAUGGGUGGCUCCCAGCGGGUCCUGGAGAAACACUGGACUUCAUUUCUGAAGGCUCGGCUUAACUGCUCUGUCCCCGGAGAUUCGUUUUUCUACUUUGAUGUCCUGCAGUCUAUUACAGACAUCAUACAAAUCAAUGGCAUCCCCACUGUGGUCGGGGUGUUCACCACACAGCUCAACAGCAUUCCUGGGUCUGCAGUGUGUGCAUUUAGCAUGGAUGACAUUGAAAAGGUAUUCAAAGGACGGUUUAAAGAACAGAAAACUCCAGAUUCUGUGUGGACAGCAGUUCCCGAAGACAAAGUACCAAAGCCAAGGCCUGGCUGUUGUGCAAACCAUGGCCUUGCCGAAGCUUAUAAAACCUCCAUCGAUUUCCCUGACGAAACCCUGUCGUUCAUCAAAUCCCACCCACUAAUGGACUCUGCCGUCCCACCUAUUGCCGAGGAGCCCUGGUUCACAAAGACUCGGAUCAGGUACAGACUGACGGCCAUCGCUGUUGACCACACUGCUGGGCCCCACCAGAACUACACAGUCAUCUUUGUUGGCUCUGAAGCUGGCGUGGUGCUCAAAGUUUUGGCAAAGACCAGCCCUUUCUCUUUGAAUGACAGCGUAUUACUGGAAGAGAUUGAAGCAUACAACCAUGCAAAAUGUAAUGCUGAGAGUGAGGAGGACAGAAAGGUCAUCUCAUUACAGUUGGAUAAAGACCAUCACGCUGUGUACGUGGCAUUCUCCAGCUGCGUCAUUCACCUCCCCCUCAGUCGCUGUGAGCGUUAUGGAUCCUGUAAAAAGUCUUGUGUUGCAUCUCGGGACCCAUACUGUGGCUGGUUAAGCCAGGGGGCCUGCGGCAGAGUGACCCCAGGGAUGCUGCUGUUAACCGAAGACUUCUUUGCUUUCCAUAACCACAGCGUUGGAGGAUAUGAACAAGACACAGAAUAUGGCAACACGGCCCACCUAGGGGACUGCCAUGAAAUUUUGCCUACUUCAACUACACCAGAUUACAAAAUAUUUGGCGGUCCAACAUCUGACAUGGAGGUAUCUUCACCAUCUGUUAUCACAAUGGCAAGUAUCCCAGAAAUCACACCUAAAGUGAUUGAUACCUGGAGACCUAAACUGACGAGCUCCCGGAAAUUUGUAGUUCAAGAUGACCCAAACACUUCUGAUUUUACUGAUCCUUUAUCAGGUACCCCAAAGGGUGUACGAUGGGAGGUCCAGUCGGGAGAGUCCAACCAGAUGGUCCACAUGAAUGUCCUCAUCACCUGUGUCUUUGCUGCUUUUGUUUUGGGUGCAUUCAUUGCAGGUGUCGCAGUAUACUGCUAUCGUGACGUGUUUGUUCGGAAGAACAGAAAGAUCCACAAAGAUGCAGAAUCUGCCCAGUCGUGCACGGACUCCAGUGGGAGUUUCGCCAAACUGAAUGGUCUCUUUGACAGCCCGGUCAAGGAGUAUCAACAGAAUAUCGAUUCUCCCAAAUUGUACAGUAACCUGCUGACCAGUCGGAAAGAGCUGCCACCCAACGGAGAUACUAAAUCCAUGGUAAUGGACCAUCGAGGCCAACCACCCGAGCUGGCUGCUCUCCCCACACCUGAGUCUACACCUGUCCUUCACCAGAAGACCCUGCAGGCCAUGAAGAGCCACUCGGACAAGGCCCAUGGCCAUGGGGCUUCAAGGAAAGAAACCCCGCAGUUUUUCCCUUCUAGCCCACCGCCCCACUCCCCACUAAGUCACGGGCAUAUCCCCAGUGCCAUUGUUCUCCCUAAUGCCACUCAUGACUACAACACGUCUUUCUCAAACUCCAAUGCUCACAAAGCUGAAAAGAAGCUUCAAAGCAUUGACCACCCACUUACAAAGUCAUCCAGUAAAAGAGAUCACCGGCGUUCUGUGGAUUCCAGAAAUACCCUCAAUGAUCUUCUGAAGCAUCUAAGUGACCCAAACAGCAACCCCAAAGCCAUCAUGGGAGAUAUCCAGAUGGCCCACCAGACCCUAAUGCUGGAUCCUGUGGGACCUAUGUCUGAGGUCCCACCCAAGGUCCCUAACCGGGAGGCAUCACUCUACUCUCCUCCUUCAACUCUCCCCAGAAACAGCCCAACCAAACGAGUGGACGUCCCCACCACUCCUGGAGUCCCAAUGACUUCUCUGGAAAGACAAAGGGGUUACCACAAAAAUUCCUCCCAGAGGCACUCUAUAUCUGCAAUCCCUAAAAACUUAAACUCACCAAAUGGUGUUUUGUUAUCUAGACAGCAUAGUAUGAACCGUGGAGGCUAUAUGCCCACCCCUACUGGGGCAAAGGUGGACUAUAUUCAGGGAACACCAGUGAGUGUUCAUCUGCAGCCUUCCCUCUCCAGACAGAGCAGCUAUACCAGUAAUGGCACCCUUCCUAGGACGGGACUAAAGAGGACACCGUCCUUAAAACCUGAUAUGCCACCAAAGCCUUCACUUGUUCCUCAAACCACGUCUGUCAGACCACUGAACAAAUACACUUACUAGGCCUCAAGUGUGCUAUUCUCCGUGUGGCUUUAUCCUGUCCGUGUUGUUGAGAGGAUGAUGUUGUAAGGGUACCUUAAGAUAAGAGAUUCCCUUGUAUUUUAAGAGAACCAAGUGGCCAAAGAAACUCUUUCUAGCUUUGGCAACAUCAGAACUUGCCACAAGUAGCUACUACAGCAAAGCUUCUGUGUACUUGCCCGAAAACAAAGGAAGGUGCUGGUCAUUCCAUUUCUUUUGUUUGAAGCUAAAGAGAUGUGUAGCUCCCAGGGGCUACCCUACCAGUAUAGAGAGCUGAUACAGUACUCAGAAGGAUCUGUGAGCAAAUACUUGAAAAUGGGUUCAACUUAGGCUACCAUUAUGUGUGGUCUUCCCAUUAAAUGUGAACAUUUUAAUUGUAUGCAUUCACCUUGCCUCUUGCACAAAUGUCAAAAAACAAUGGUAAUGUCUCAAAGAAAUGAACUUGUAGAUUACCAAACAAUUUGCUAAAAAUUCAGUCUUUGACCCAAACUGUAGCAUUUUUUUCAAGGGUGGCAUUUUUUUUUCAUGCCAUCAAUGAACUGUGGUGUGUGUGCGUAUGUGUGUGCGUGCGUGCACGUGUGUGUGUGUGCGUGUAAGUGUGUGUGUGUUCUGUACCCACUAGGAUUUGUUUUGGUGCCCAUUGCAUCUUUUUGUGCUAUGGACUUGUUUACAUUGAGCAUGACUGAACAAGAGACAAUAACUUCUUCCCACAGCAGUCCAUUGGGUUCAGCUUUGAGAAAAGAAAUAAAAUCAAGGCUGAUUUGACCAUCAAAAUGAUUAACUUGACUCACAUGGUCCCCAAUGUCAGAAUGUAAGAGUUCUAAGUAAUUUUGUGCUGCUAUUCAUUAAAACUUCUAUUACAGUCUUGCCAGCUUAAGGAGAUAGAGAUGUUAAGAGGUAUCCUUGAUUUAUCCACCAGUAUUCAGUAGUAAAAUUUACCUGUCCACUGUGACUCCAAGCCUGACUCACUGUAUUUAACCUUGGACACACUAAUAAGGUUUUAUUUUGAUGUUGUUUGGUUUCUCCCAUGUAGUACGAUUUCUCUUCCUUUAACUCCUCCUACCCCCAAGAUAAAGAACAAAACAAAACAGAAGACAAAAGAAGGAAAUGUGAAAGGAAUUCUAAUUGGCCUAACAGAGAGAUUCUCUGAAAACCGAACAGUGGUGCAAUCAUGUUGUCUGUGUUGUGUUCUAUUAGAAUUUUCUUCUAAGUCAUGCAGGUAAUGACAAUAUACUGUAAAUAUUACAUGUGAGUUUACCUGAAUCUGUGCAUUUUGUGCCUUAUUCAUGAGAAUGAUAGAAGUACUAAAAUAUGUCAAGUGUUUUCAGUAUAGCACAUCAUUUACUGAGUGCCAGUUGUAAAUGUUUUUCAACCAGCACCUGAAAAGACUUUUAAAAAAUCAUAAAAACAACCUAGAACAAUUAAUUGUCAAACAGUCCACCCAAAUAGAAGCAUUACAUCCCUUGCCGUGAUAAACAUUCCACUCCUGCUUUCCCAAGGAUGAAACAGUGAUAAUGCGAAGUCAAAUGAGGUUUCUCGGGUAAUGUGACAUCUGCGGGAACCGUAGAGUCAUUGAUUCGUAGUUUUGCAGAAGCCACUUACAGUUGAUGAUGUGUAACCCUGAUGACUGUUUCAGUUAAUAUGCUGCACACCACACCACGGUUUAUUGAACCUAAUCUAGAAAGUAUCAAGGCAGAGGAAUGCUCCUGACUUAGUCACCAAGUAAAUUCAACUGAUUUCUUGUGGUAACACUGAUGGCCUAUAUCACUUGGGGGAGGAUGGGUUGCAGAAGACCAGAGCAUCUUUAUACAGAUUGUAGAAUACUGAUACAGUUAUUCUUUUCCUUUGAGAAUAUUGUUUUAUAAGUAACGUGAUUCCCUGAGAUCUCUGGAAACUCAAAAACUAGAACGUCUGUUCUUGAAACAUGUCAGCUUUGCAACUAAAAUAUUACAGAUUAAUCAUAAAUUAAACCAACCAAUGACAAACACUACUCAGUCCACCGCCAACAAACGUGUUUGAAUUCACCUUACCAAUAUUAAUCCCAGCGUGCGGAAAAUGGAACAGUAACUCUAUGUGAACCCGGAUAACAUUUUGUAACAUUGUGCUGCCUUGUAGUUUGUAAUGUGAGUUCUAUCAGUAUUUAUGUUGAAAUUUCUAACAUAAAAUCUAGUCUCUAUCCUGUUAAUUUAAUUUUUAAAUGCUUUAUCCAUUUGUGCAAAGGUAAACACAGAUUGUAUCUUUUUUAAUGGUACGGCAUAAAAAGUAACCCUAAAGUGAAGUGGCUCUAUACUGUUUUAUAGAGUACUUUAACAUGUAUAGAUAUCUUGUAAACUUGUAUUGUGGAUGUGUAAAUAAUAUGUACCUUGGGUUUUUAACACCGCAUGUAAAGUCAAAAUAAAAUAUACAA